GUCAGCUUGGUCAUGUGAUCAGCUGUGUCCAAUCACAGCUGAUCACAUGGGACAUGUACACUGAUCAUCAGGGCACUGAUUAUCAGUGGGCCCUGAUGAUCAGUGUGGCCCUAGAAGUGCCACCUGUCAGUGUCCAUCAGUGCCAGCUGUCAGUGCUGAACAGUGCCACGUGCCAGUGCCCAUCAGUGCCUACCAGUGCACAUCAAUGCCACAUAUCAGUGCCCAUCUGAGCUGCCUUUCAGUGUCACCCAUCAGUGCCAAUCAGAGCCACUUAUCAGUUCUGCCAAUCAGUGUGCAUCAGUGCCUAUCAGUGCCAUAUAUCAGUGCUGCCUUUCAGUGUCCAUCAGUGA